AUGCAGCCCUUGAUUGAUCGGAUAUGUAGGUCGUUGGAGGACUACGGGUUCUGCUACAAGGUGUUCAAUGACAACCUCGAGGGGCAUGCAAGAAACAUGCAAGGGCUCGGUGAGAUAGCCCAGUUGCAGGCCCUCUUCAACGCGACCAAUAUCCACCUCUUCAUAAUGAGGCUGUACAACAGCAUACCCACAGGGCCGGAGAAAAAGGCGCUCGAGAAGUGCAUGAAUGCCUAUUCUGUUGUCUCCAACCAAUUCCAAAUUGGGUUACUGCUAUUCGAACAGGGCAGGUACCGGGAUAUGCUGGACACAGAGAGGAUAACCCCACAGGCACAGAGCAGUUGCAGCACAACAUUUAUCACGCAGCCUUCUCCAGAGAACCUGUUGAUCGAGCGGAACAGGGAGAUGAGGAUUCUCAUUGGGAUGGCCAUAACCACUUGCUUGGAUCUUCGCCAGCACAUGCAGCACCUUUGA